AUGGCCUCGAUGGCUCCGGCAAUUAUGCCGGAGCGUCUGAUCUUCAACUCGAACGCUUCUGGAAAGAAAUUUGUUCCUCGUGCUGUCCUCGUCGACCUCGAACCCGGUACCAUGGAAGCCGUCCGUGCUGGUCCAUUUGGCCAACUCUUCCGUCCCGAUAACUUCGUUUUCGGACAAUCUGGUGCCGGAAACAAUUGGGCCAAGGGUCACUACACUGAGGGUGCUGAAUUGGUCGACCAGGUCAUCGAUGUUAUUCGAGAGGAAUUCCCAGACCGUAUGAUGGCAACUUUCUCCGUCGUUCCAUCGCCAAAGGUCUCGGAUACUGUUGUUGAACCAUACAACGCAACGCUCUCUGUCCACCAAUUGGCUCUUUACGAUAUUUGCAUGAGAACUCUCAAGCUGUCUCAACCCUCAUACGGCGACCUUAACCAUUUGGUCUCUGCUGUCAUGUCCGGCGUCACAACUUGCCUUCGUUUCCCUGGCCAACUUAACUCCGACCUCCGUAAAUUGGCUGUCAACAUGGUCCCAUUCCCUCGUCUCCAUUUCUUCAUGGUUGGCUUCGCUCCUCUUACUAGCCGUGGCGCCUAUUCCUUCCGCGCCGUCACCGUCCCAGAAUUGACCCAGCAAAUGUACGACCCCAAGAAUAUGAUGGCUGCCUCUGACUUCCGCAACGGCCGCUACCUUACCUGCUCUGCCAUCUUCCGUGGCAAGGUUUCCAUGAAAGAAGUUGAAGACCAGAUGCGCAAUGUGCAGAACAAGAACCACUCUUACUUCGUUGAGUGGAUUCCCAACAACAUCCAGACUGCUCUUUGCUCCAUUCCUCCACGUGGUCUUAAAAUGUCUUCCACAUUUAUUGGAAACUCUACCUCCAUUCAGGAACUCUUCAAGCGUGUUGGUGACCAGUUUACUGCUAUGUUCCGUCGCAAGGCUUUCUUGCAUUGGUACACUGGCGAAGGUAUGGACGAGAUGGAAUUCACUGAGGCUGAGAGCAACAUGAACGACUUGGUCAGUGAAUACCAACAGUACCAAGACGCCAGCAUCUCUGAGGGUGAAGAAGAAUAG